UCUUUAGGACCUUAAGCAUCAGAGGAGUAGCCUGCACAUCCACUGCACUUGAUAGAAAUCUGCAAUGGGGACUUCUUGGGAAAUUCUUGAAGAAUUCCACAUAGAUAAAGAUGUAGGCUUCGCUCUUCCAAAUCCACUGGAGGAGCUUCCUAGUGAUUAUGAUGUGUGGAUGUUCAUUGCUAAGAAUAUCUCUGAACUGAUCAAGACUGGACAACUUCGAAUGAAAGUCGAAAAGGUGCCAUUACUCAGCAUUGAUAAGCUUGAAGGGCACAGGCAACAGCGCCUUGCUCACCUGGUUCUGGGGUACAUCACCAUGGCGUAUGUGUGGGGUCAAGGAGAUGGAGACAUCCGAAAGGUCUUGCCAAGAAAUAUUGCCAUUCCUUACUGCAAACUCUCUGAAAAGCUGGGGCUGCCUCCUAUUCUCGUUUAUGCUGACUGUGUCUUGGCAAACUGGAAGAAAAAGGAUCCCAGCGGACCCAUGACUUAUGAAAACAUGGACAUCCUGUUCUACUUCCCUGGUGAAGACUGUGCUAAAGGCUUUUUCCUGGUUUCUCUGUUAGUGGAAAUAGCAGCUGCUUCUGCAAUCAAAAUAAUUCCCGUUUUGUUCAGCGCAAUGCAACAUCAGGACCGGGGCACCCUGCAGAAGGCACUUCUGGAUGUAGUCUCUUGUCUGAACAAAGCCCUUAAAGUGUUUGAGCAAAUCCAUGAACAUGUGGACCCCAAACUGUUCUUCAACGUUCUUCGCAUUUAUUUGUCUGGUUGGAAAGGCAACUCCCAGCUUCCAGAAGGCCUGCUGUAUGAAGGGGUCUGGGACACCCCAAAGAAGUUUGCUGGGGGGAGUGCAGCCCAAAGCAGCAUCUUCCAGUGCUUUGACGUUCUGCUGGGCAUCCAGCAGAGAGAGGGCGGAGCAUCCGCUUUUGAGUUCCUGCAGGAAAUGAGGACAUACAUGCCUCCGGCUCACCGGGGUUUCCUUAGCUCGCUGGAGGCAGCUCCAUCCAUCCGAGAGUGCAUCCUUUCAGAAAAGGACACGGGCCUUCAGGAAGCUUAUGACGAGUGUGUGAAAGCCCUGGUGGCCCUCAGAAGCUACCAUCUGCAAAUAGUAGCUAAGUACAUUGUGAUUCCCGCACGCCAGAAGGCCAAGGAGAAGGAAGGGGAGGAAAAGCCCGCAGCACUGGAAAGCCAAGGAACCGGGGGCACUGACGUCAUGAAUUUCCUGAAGACCGUGAGGGGGACCACUGAGAAAUCCCUCCUGAAGGAAGGCUAGGGCAACCUGGGCAAAGGCACAUCCAUGAGAGUGUCGCCAUGUCCUCCCGCCACAGAGCGCUCUCAGACUCCUGGGCCAACAACAGCCAAUGCGAUAGAAACACCACAGAAACACCAACAGCAUUUUUUCUAAUACUUACGCAUUCUUGAUAGGAAUAAGAAGAAUAAACAGAAGAUGAUUGUAUUGUAUGAGAAUGAUAAACUCUUCUAUACUAAGAAUGAUAACCUCUUCUAUACUCCUGGGGAACAGUAGCAUUUUCUGCUUACUACUGGUUGAAUUCUUUGUUUAGUGGAGGGUUAAGCUUGUAUAGAUCAAGAGAACUGAAAAUUUGUCAUUGUAAAAAUUAAGAAAAGUAAGAAAGGAAGGUGCAGGGAGAGUAGGGUGGAAGUAUAUUAUGCUCCUAAAAUUGUAUAUAUGAAAUACAUAAAAUUUCUUACCUUUAUAUAAAUAAAAAAGGAUUUUAUAAUUGUGAAAAAUGUUCAAUUGAGCAGCUAUAUUUUCUGUAUUUUAUA